AUGCUCCCUCCUAUCCCCGUGUUGUCCGACUAUGGAAUCUCCCCGUCCCAUGGAUUCCUGCCGGACGUUCUGCCACUGACCCGACUACCGGACCCCUACUAUAACAAGUGGGAGGCCGUUGUCGCCAACCUCCAGGCACUUGUCCUCAGCCGUCGUCUCCGUCCGGUUGUCGAUCGGCUGCCUGUCCUCUCCACCAUCGGUCUGGAACAUGACGCAGAAUGGCGGAGAGCGUACUCCCUGCUGUGCUUCAUGGCACACGCCUACAUCUGGGGCGGCGAUGAGCCGUGCGACCAGCUGCCGCCCGCCAUCACCAUCCCCCUUUUGAAGAUCUCCAAUCACCUCGAGCUGCCCCCGGUUGCCACCUAUGCCGCUCUGUGUCUUUGGAACUUCAAGCCCCUGUUUGUCGAUGAGGACAUUGACAACCUCGAGAACCUUGCUACCCUCAACACCUUCACUGGCUCCCUUGAUGAGUCUUGGUUUUAUCUUGUCUCUGUCGCCAUCGAGGCACGUGGCGGCCCCAUCAUCCCCCUUAUGCUGACGGCCGUGGCCGCUGCUCGCCAAGCAGAUGCCGCGACCGUAACCCGUUGCCUGCGCACCUUUGCUGAGCGCCUCACCGACUUGACCAACAUCUUGCAGCGUAUGCACGAGAGCUGUGACCCCAACAUCUUCUACAAUCGCAUCCGAACCUUCCUCGCUGGAAGUAAGAACAUGGCCGAAGCCGGCCUCCCCGACGGCGUCAAUUACGACGACGGGUCUGGACAUGAGGACUACCGUCAGUACAGCGGCGGUAGCAACGCCCAGAGCAGUUUGAUCCAGUUCUUUGAUGUCAUUCUCGGCAUCGACCACCGGCCGACUGGCGAGAAGCGGGACCCCUCUACCGAAUCGGAACGGGAGUCUCGGGCUCCGGUGCCGCGUCACAACUUCAUCAUGGAGAUGCGCCGGUACAUGCCUGGCCCCCAUGCCCGGUUCCUUAAGGACGUUUCUAGCGUCGCCAAUAUUCGCGAAUUCGUCGAGUCUCGCAAGGAUGACCGCAAUUUGUGUCUGGCCUACGACGCCUGCCUCGCCAUGCUUAGUGCAUUCCGCGACAAGCACAUCGCCAUUGUCACUCGCUACAUCAUACUGCCCUCGCGCGAGGUACGUGCCCGCAGCAGAUCAAGAAGCCCCGAGGCAGCACGUCAGCGUCUCAAUCUGGCCACGGCCUCGCGUCAGCGCCAGUCCACCGAGCAGGGUAGCAAGUUGGAGAACACCGGAGGCAAGAAGAACCUGAAAGGCACCGGCGGGACUGCCCUCAUCCCGUUCUUGAAACAGGCACGGGACGAGACUGGCGAGCCCGCCAUCGAAGAGUGGACUCGCCGGUUCAUGAGCAGGACCGUCAAGUCCGAAGGCAAGGGUGACUUCUUCCUGGGCAAGCCUAGCCAGCCCCACACGGUUGAAGUUGAGGUCAGCGGCUUAGCUGGCACCUGGACUAUUGAUGAUGAUGUCGGCGGCAUUUGCCAUUACUAG